GUCCUGCCCCUUCACUGUGACUCUGCAAAACGAUGGGGCGGUGGCUGUGACGAUGGCGCUGGCCCGGCCAGGAGGAAGCAGAGGGGCCCGGUUGGGUGCUGUGCUGCUUGGGGUGGAGCGGCAGGCUCGGAUGGGCAAGCAGGAGGAAGGACGAGCCCAGGUCCCGGUGGCAACCAUGGCAGAGGCUGAGGACCGAAGCAUCCACACGCAGCACAUCUCGGCUGUGCACAACGUGCCCAUGCGUGUCCUCAUCCGGCCCAUCCCCGCGGAGCUGGAUCCAGGCAAGGUGCAGAGCCUGGUGGAGACCCUGCAGGACCCCGAGCGGGUGCCCCCCAUCGAUGUGCUCUGGAUCAAGGGCAGCCAGGGUGGGGAUUACUUCUACUCCUUCGGGGGCUGCCACCGCUUCGCUGCCCACCAGGUGCUCAACCGGGACACCAUCCCCGCCAAGAUCAUCCCGUCCACCCUCAGCGACCUCCGCACCUACCUGGGCUCCUCCACACCCGACCUGCGCUAGCCUGGUAUGCCGGAGGAUGCAUGGACCCCUGCAGCCCCCCAUUCCAUUCCAUCCCAUCCCAUCCCAUCCUGGAGAAUGCAUGGACCCCACAGCCCCUCAUCUCAUCCCGUAGGAUGCGGCGGGGCCGGCAGGGGGCGCGAUGGAACCGCGCUCGCCACCCCUAGAGGACCUGGGUGGGAUAAACUGGAAUGGGAUAAACUGGGAUGGGAUGGGAUGGGUUAAACUGGGAUGGGAUAAACUGGGAUGGAGUAGGACAGGACAGGAUGAACUGAGAUGGGACAGACUGGGAUGGACUGGGACAGGAUAAACCAGGACAAGACAGACUGGGAUGGGAUGAAUUGGGGUGGGAUAAACCAGAGUGGACUGGGGUAGGAUAAACUGGUAUGGGAAAAGCCAGGAUAGGAUGAAUCAAAAUGUGGUGAAACAGGACAGGGUGAACUGGGUUGGGAUAAACUGGGGUGGGAUGGGACAGGACAAACCACAGUGAACCAGGACAGGAUGAGCCGGGUUGGGAUGGGAUGGGAUGAACUGGGGCACAACCCAGGCGGGAAUGGCUGAACCAAGAUAGGACAGACUGAUCCAGGGCAUGGCUCAACCAGGAAUGGCUAAACUGGGAUGGGCCGAAACGGAGCACACUGGAACUGGGCCAGGGCACAGCCCAGCCAGGGUGCAGCCAAACCAGGAAGGGAUGGAG